AUGCUCACCCACCUAGCCACGCUCCUCCUCCUCCCUCUGGGCGCCUUCGCCCUGGCGGUACCAGAGCUCGGCCACCACCCGGGCGCCGUGUCUCUCUCCGAGCGCGCCGUGUCGCCCAACAUGACGUGCGGCGCCGCCAACGCGGGCUACACGUGCCCGGCCGAGGCGGCCUGUUGCUCGCAGUACGGCUACUGCGGCUCGACCGAGGCCUUCUGCCUCGCCACGGCCGGCUGCCAGGCCCGCUACUCCAACGGCACGUCCGCCUGCUACGCGCCCAAGCCGGGCGUCAGCGUCACCAUCGACGGCACCUGCGGCACGACGGGCGCCGGCAAGAACGGCUAUCGGUGUCCGGCCAACGCGACCGUCGUCAGCUGCUGCUCGGCUGCGUAG